AUGAAACUGAUUCGUAAAACUCAUGAAAAUAGUUUAUACCCAGAUGAAAUAAAUAUUGAUCAUGCACAAUUUUCAGUUAUUUUACUUCAUACUUUACUUAGCGAAGAUAACUCAUUAGGUGUUCUUAAUGAUGAAUUAAUAAGCUUUUUAGAUUGGUUAUUUGAGAUACUUGCUGAGUAUGAAUAUAUGGAUAAACUCGGAAAAAUUAAUAUCACAAUUGAUCAUAUUAAACAACUGCAGAGUUUAUGCCGAAAUGAAUCGAAUAAAGUUUCAAAAGAGUAUGUGUAUUUAAAAGAAUCGCUGUUCAUUAUUUAUAAGAAAAUAAAAGGAAUUUAUAUACAAAAUUAUAUAAAAGUUUUAUUUGAAAAAUAUUCAAAAGAAAAAUGGUUAGAAAUAGUUAUUUAUUUUUCUGAAUAUUUCGAAGAAAAUGAUAAUAAUUUGUUGGAUGUUAUCCAGAAUGAUCCGAAUUCUCUUAACUUAGUUGAAGUCAAUCAAAUUCAAAAAGUUAUUUUUGAAAAAAUUUCUCAAAUUCAAGAAGAAAAAUUCAAAAAAUUCUAUUCAUUAAUAUUAACAGAAACUCGAAAAAAUAAUAUUAAUUUUCAAAAGAAAAUAGGAAAUGGUUUUAAAGAACUCUAUGGUUAUGUAGAUAAAGAUAAAAAUCAUCCUUUCGAAAAAUAUCAUCCAUAUGAUGUUUUAAAUUUGAAUAAUUUAAUAGAUACAUUUAAUAAUAGAUUCGAAAUCGACAGACAUAUUUUCAUGACGGAAGAUAAUUUUAUCAAAAUACAACAAUGUUUAUCAUGUUUUCAAGAUAUUCGUUUACCUAUAAAAAAAUUAUCAUCGACACCUCAACAGGAUUGGUUAAGAAAUAUUGUUAAUAGAACAUAUUAUUGA